CCAUAUAAAUCAACCCAUCCAUUUACCCAUCUAUCUAUCCAUCCAACCAUCCAUUUAUAAAUCCAUCCAUCUUACCUCCAUCCAUUCCUCCAUCCAUUCCUCCAUCCAUUCCUCCAUCCAUCCAUCCAUCCAUCCAUCCAUCCAUCCAUCCAUCCAUAUAAAACCACCCAUCCAUUUAUCCAUCUAMCUAUCCAUCCAACCAACCAUCCUCCAUUCAUUUCURCAUCCACCCAUCCAUUUAUAAAUCCAUCCAUCUGUACCUCCAUCCAUCCAUCCAUUUACCCAUCUAUCUAUCCAUCCAACCAUCCUCCAUUCAUUUCUCCAUCCACCCAUCCAUUUAUAAYUCCYUCCAUCCAUCCAUCCAUCCAUCCAUCCAUUUACCCAUCUACCUAUCCAACCAACCAUCCUCCAUUCAUUUCUCCAUCCACCCAUCCAUUUAUAAAUCCAUCCAUUUAUAAAUCCAUCCAUCUGUACCUCCAUCCAUUCCUCCAUCCAUCCAUC